AUGGCCGCUGUUCAGCAAUUCGCUACCCGCAAGCCUGAGCUUGGUAUGGAGAAGGUUAUGCCUACUCGCCAGGACUCUGGUUACGCCUCUCCCUGCGAUUCUCCCCGCCUUACCGUCCAGCUCAACGACGGCAACGAGAUUCCCCAGAUCGCCCUCGGUGUCUACAAGGCCCCCAACGGCCAGGAGACUGAGGACGCCGUCAUUGCUGCUCUCGACGCCGGCUACAGACACAUCGACUCCGCCGCCAGAUAUGCCAACGAGGAGGCUUGCGGCCGCGCCCUGAAGAAGUGGCUCGAGAAGACCGGCACUCCCCGCAGCGAGGUGUUCGUCACCACCAAGCUCUGGGAUGCUGACCACGGCUACGAGGCCACCUUCAACGCUCUCUGCGACUCCCUGAAGAAGUUCCAGCUCGACUACUUCGACCUCUACCUCAUCCACUCCCCCUCCAACGACAAGGAGAAGCGCAUUGCUUCCUGGAGAGCCCUGGAGACCGCUCAGCGCCUCGGCAAGGUCCGCUCCAUCGGUGUCUCCAACUUCGGUGCCCAGCACCUCGAGGAGCUCCUUGACGAGACCUCCGUCGUCCCCGCCGUCAACCAGAUCGAGGUUCACCCCUUCUGCCAGCGCCAGGACCUCGUCGACGUCUGCCGCAAGCACGGCAUCGCCAUCGAGGCCUACUCUCCUCUCGCUCGCGGCAACAAGCUCGAGGACCCCGUCAUUGGCCAGAUUGCCGAGAAGUACGGCAAGACCCCCGCGCAGAUCCUCCUCAACUGGAACGCCACCAAGGGCAACAUCGUCCUCCCCAAGUCUCUCACUGCCCACCGCAUCAAGUCCAACUUCGAGUCCUUCGACUUCGAGCUCUCCCCCGAGGACAUCACCACCAUCGACAACCUCGAGGAGAACUACGUCACCGGCUCUCUCCACAAGGAGGAAUAA